CGCUGAAAUUGCCGAUGUGCUUACGAACUCGAAGAUCUUAACGUAGGGUUAGGCGAUGGUGAGCAACGGUCUAUAUCUUGGUGAGCGAUAGCGAAUAAGAAGAGUUAACGCACAAGAAUAGUAGGCGAGUAAUUUGAUAUUCUGUUUAAUCUCAGUUAAAGCCGACUUAUUCUGAGAUGUCCAAUCAGGAUAGUGCGUUUGAAUUGUAGAAAAGUCAGUGAAAAGAAUUCAUGAGUAAGUUGGUGGGCGUAAACUGCAGGAGGAAAAAUUAAGAAUUAUUUGUUACAGUUUUCGCAACGCACCAAAUUGCUGCUCUAAGUUGGGAAUGAAGUUGGGUUAGGAAACCUAUUUUCUUUUAGCAAUUAAGAUCACUAAAAUGAACGGUGUUUCUUGUUCGCUGAAAAGACGGCAAAUCCAGCCCUCCCCCAACGUCAACACUAAAAGAAAAUAGAUCCGAUCAAGAUGCCGAUCGCGAACAGCCUGGAAUUUCCCUGCCGGAGAUGCGGUACACCGGAUGUGUACACGAUGUGGAGCUACUGUCGAUGCCGGUCGGGGUUGCCCGACGCAAACGCUACCAGGAACGCCAGUUUGCCAAGCGGUUCGACCAAAAUUAGCCACCAGUAUCGCCAAGAAUGCAGGGAAGUUUACGCGGCACGACUUCAACAGUUACGCCAGGAUCAACUUGCUGCCCAGGAGGCGUUGGCCACGAAGCAGCGAGAAUGGCUUGAGAUACAGGCGCGGAUUAAACGGGACUACCAAAUCGCCAAAGCGGAGCUGCAGCAGAAGGUAGAGGAGUGUGAAAACUCCUUUCGAUUACGGGAAGAGCAGAUUAUGAGUUCGGGACGUUUUGAGGUUAGAGGCACGAUUACACAGCAGAGUGCGGAGAAUAAGAAGGAGGAUGAGCAGCAUCGGGUACUAUUUUGUGAGUCUUCCAACUCGACGGUGGAGGCAACGAAGACAACAGUACAAUCGGGUCAGGACAACCCAAUCGGUUCGACAUCUGGAGUAGGUGCCGGGGUGGAUAGCAACAAGCCAUCAGCCGGCAAAUCCACUUCAGUAAGGACGUUUGCUGGUGUGUCCCGAAAUGACGCGGAUUGGAUGUCAUCGUUGGGAGAAACUACAUGUCGAGGCUGGGAAGCAGCAAAACUGCCGUCAGCUCACUACCGUUCACACUCACACCUACUGUACAAACGUGUGUAAACGACAACAACACUCACAAAUCUAUCAGCAGUUCUUGUCUUUUUGUAAACGAGCCCAGUUUGUCGAGAAACAAAAGAUCUGCGAGCAAAACAAACGUCGUUGAGAGUUGUUUACAAGAUGUGGCAGCACAGCUGGGGGUGGAAUUCGGUGGGUUGGUGUCGUCGAAGAAACUCGUUCAGGAUCAGCUGAUGGUGAAUCGGGAAUCUGGACAGCAGAAACUCAGUUAUCAACAGGAGCAGCGAUCGAUUCCAGAACGAGCGUUUCAGAACCGGGACACGCAGCGUUUGUCGGAACGACGAAACCAACAAGUACCACCUCUGCAAGAUACUGGAUCGCCGCUUGUCGUUUGUUCGAUGACGCAGCGAGGGCGACUAAACCCGAAGGGCAAGUCUCACGAUGAGCCAAUGUUCAUCUGCACGUCUAUCACCAUCGGUCGAUGGAAUGAAUAUUCCGGUGCAGAGAAUUUUGAGAAAGAGAGAAAGCUGGUUGGACAACCAGGGCAGAAUGAACGCCGAAUGAGUUCAUCAAUGCAGCAGAAGGGGAUGUGCGGAGUCUCGGCGACAUGGCAUGAACAACUUGACAAACUGUUCGUACUGAAAAUCGUGUUGCCGAAUUCCGAAACAUGGGAUAAAAGUAUGUUUAUCCAUGGUACAAAGUGGUUCAGCGGUGUGACAGCUGGCAGAAUGAUGUUCCCACUGCAGCUGCAAGAAGGUGAUCACAACAACCCAGGAUACACGAAAGCCAUCAAUCAACAGUACUCACGGAAGUCGCAGUCGGUCGUGGAAGCGGUUGUGGUGCCAGAGGUACAGCAUGAGAUAGUGCGUUUGUGGUUCAACAAGAAUGUUGACAGGAAUCAAGUGGGAGUACCGAUGACUGCUGUUUCACACUCGACUGCAAAGAUCGGAGAUGGUGAGCUGGGACGGUCUGGAUCGUACCGUAGCAGAACUUUGCUGGGUCAGUUUCCUAGACAGAAAAAGAUCCAGUGGUUCCAAAUCGAUCCCGGUGGGAAGUCAUCGAGUGAUGCAGGUUCUUCGAGUACCAGAGCAAUGCAACUCGUAGGACAACUAUCAGUAACAUCGGCUGCUAGCACGAGAGGAGGUAACAGUGGACCGGAACGCUGGACCACUCUUACGGUCGGGGAAAUGUUGCCGCUGAAAUUGCCGAUGUGCUUACGAACUCGAAGAUCUUAACGUAGGGUUAGGCGAUGGUUAGCAACGGUCUAUAUCUUGGUGAGCGAUAGCGAAUAAGAAGAGUUAACGCACAAGAAUAGUAGGCGAGUAAUUUGAUAUUCUGUUUAAUCUCAGUUAAAGCCGACUUAUUCUGAGAUGUCCAAUCAGGAUAGUGCGUUUGAAUUGUAGAAAAGUCAGUGAAAAGAAUUCAUGAGUAAGUUGGUGGGCGUAAACUGCAGGAGGAAAAAUUAAGAAUUAUUUGUUACAGUUUUCGCAACGCACCAAAUUGCUGCUCUAAGUUGGGAAUGAAGUUGGGUUAGGAAACCUAUUUUCUUUUAGCAAUUAAGAUCACUAAAAUGAACGGUGUUUCUUGUUCGCUGAAAAGACGGCAAAUCCAGCCCUCCCCCAACGUCAACAUAU